CGUCGGAGCGGGCGGCCGCGGGCGCCGCCGCCUCCUCCUCCAUGGCUGUUUACCCGGCUGCAUUGUGGGAGUUUGACCUCCGCCGCCGCCAACCGCCGCCUCAGCUUGCGCCGCCGCCGCCGCCGCCGCCGCCGCGCACGCCAUGGGAGCCGUGACUGACGACGAAGUCAUACGGAAGCGUCUCCUCAUUGAUGGAGAUGGUGCUGGAGAUGAUCGGAGAAUUAAUCUGCUAGUGAAGAGUUUCAUUAAAUGGUGCAACUCUGGGUCCCAGGAAGAAGGAUAUAGCCAGUACCAGCGUAUGCUGAGCACACUGUCUCAAUGUGAAUUUUCAAUGGGCAAAACUUUACUAGUAUAUGAUAUGAAUCUCAGAGAAAUGGAAAAUUAUGAAAAAAUUUACAAGGAAAUAGAAUGUAGCAUUGCUGGAGCACAUGAAAAAAUUGCUGAGUGCAAAAAGCAAAUUCUUCAAGCAAAACGAAUACGAAAAAAUCGCCAAGAAUAUGAUGCUUUGGCAAAAGUGAUCCAGCAUCAUCCAGACAGGCAUGAGACAUUAAAGGAACUAGAAGCUCUGGGAAAAGAAUUAGAACAUCUCUCACAUAUUAAAGAAAGUGUUGAAGAUAAGCUGGAAUUGAGACGGAAACAGUUUCACGUUCUUCUUAGUACCAUCCAUGAACUUCAGCAAACAUUGGAAAAUGAUGAAAAACUCUCAGAGGUAGAAGAAGCUCAGGACGAAAGCAUGGAAACAGAUCCUAAGCCAUAGAUAGGCUAAUUGCCCACCAUUCCCAAGAAUAUUGAAAUAGCUGCAUGAAUAUAAUGUGUUUAAAACGUGGUGUGCUCUUGAGAUAUUUAAAGUUUUGGCAGUACAAUACUCUGUUUUUAAAUAUGAAUGUACAUUUCAUUCAUAUUUCCUCACACAAAGAAAAAUGACUUUAGUAUAGAUUUUUUAAUUAAAAGGCAGUUUUUAUUCUUAAAAGGUAGGAAGCAACAUCUAAAUAUGCUUAAUAAAAUGCUUUUAAGCUG